AUGUCGUCACUCGUAUCUUGCCUUGUGGCAGCGCUCAUCGUUGCCGGCCGCGUGGCAAGUCGAAGCUAUACACUGUCCAAGACAUAUGAUGCCUCCAACUUCCUCGACGAAUUUGACUUUCAGACGACCGGCACGAUAACAAGCCAGCCGGAUGACAAUUGGUCCUGGGUGACAUACCAGAACAAAGCGAACGCCGUGAGCCAGGGACUCGCUUCUGUUCAAAACGGCCAGGUAUAUCUCGGCGUCGAUUACACGAAUCAAUUGCAAGGCAGCGGCCCGGGCCGACCCACGCUACGAGUUCAAUCCAAGAAUUCAUUCAAGCACGGCUUGGUCAUCACCAGGUUCAGCCACCUGCCUCAACCCGUCUGCGGUGGCUGGCCAGGCUUUUGGACCGUUGGCACCGGACACUGGCCUACGGCCGGCGAGAUCGACCUCUACGAAGGCUGGCAUCUCCAACCCGCAAACAAGGUGGCAAUCCACGUCGGGCCUUCCAGCUCCAUCGGCCAAUGUGUCCUGGACCAGUCUGCCCAGGCAGCGCAGGUUCUCACAGGCAACUGCGAUAAUACGUUCGAGGACGGCGUUCACCAAUGGGCCAAUCAAGGCUGCCAGUCUGAGGAAACUCGCAACGGAAUUUGGGGAUCUCCUCAGGGCGGUAUCCAGGCCCUUGAAUGGACAAGCGACACUAUCAAGAUAUACACUUGGCCGAUCGGCGCGGCUCCAAGUAACAUAGGAUCCUCAAACCCCGAUACUUCUUCUUGGGGUACGCCAUCCGUGCAGCUCACAAAACCUGGUUGCGAUACCGAGACGGCAUUUUCGGACCAGAAGCUCCUUUUCACGCUUCCCUUUUGCGGUAAUCCUCCUGGGAACGAUCAGUUCUGGUCGCAGUUAUCAGCUGAUGGUAAGAACGGACCGACCUGCAAAAGCAUUACUGGUGCGGCGAGUUGCAUCGACUACGUUGCCAAAAACCCACAAGCAUUCAAAAACUUCUACUUCGGACUCAAGGAUAUCCGAAUUUUUGACCAGGACACCCAGGGUCAACUUUCACUGGACGGCAGUAGCCCUUCGCUUACCUUCAACUACGCGACAAGCCGAUCCUCGAGCGACAACUGGAUCGGGGUUUGGCCUGACAGCGAUGCACAAGCACCGCAAUCUGCUAGCGUCGCGUGGUCGUACGCCACGCAGGGUUCGGGAUCUGUCCGUGUUACACCCCCCAGUUCCAUGAAAGCUGGCAACUACAAGGCGUAUCUUUUAUCCAACGAUCGAACCAUCCUCGCUUCUCUCUCAAGUUUCAACUACAACCCCAGUUCAAACGGUGUGGCGUUUAGCGUAAAAACUCACUACAACACCAACUGCGCUGGCAGUGUAAAUAAUAACGUCGAUAUCAAGCAAGGGAAUGGUGUCUGUGUCAACACGAACUGUGGUGUCGGCAGUCUCGAAAUCCCAAGCGUUGGAAGCUGUCCAAACGGCCAAGUUCGAAUCAGCUAUUGGCAGAAUGCCAACUGUGGGGGAGACUGGUAUGGCUAUGGCUACGGAAGCAGAGGUACUUGCCGCGGACUGUGGUCGGACGGUUGGAACUUCCAAUCCAUGUGGCUAUCCUGUGCCGAGCCCAGCAGUGACUGUAUCCAGCAGGGAACUUGCACAGCCGCGCCGGAACCCUCAGUUGGCGUCUGCCGUGCUGCUUUUCAUCUCAAGACUCGGUACCACGCAGGCUGCACCGGAGACGUUCACAAUGAUGUCACUGUCUCGCAAGGAAGUGGACAGUGCAUAGACACAAACUGCGCUGUUGGAAGUCUGGAUAUUGACAACGUGGGAAGUUGCCCUGAUGGACAGCUACGAAUCAGCUACUGGGAGCAAUCCGGAUGCUCCGGGAAGUGGUUUGGUUAUGGCUACGGCAGUAGGAAUACCUGUCGAUCGCUGUGGUCUGGUGGCUGGAACUUCAAGUCUCUCUAUGUGAGCUGUGCAAAGCAAAGCGAUGAUUGUGUCAGUCAGGGAACCUGCUCCAUCGACCAGGUGCCAAAUCGCUCUGUUUGCUAA